AUGGCCUCAGAUUCAGACGAAACUGAUUGCUCCAUCUCCUCAACCGACUUUGACAACAUAAUGUCUUCAGAGUCCAUUCUCGCAGCGGCUCUGACUGAUAUUGAUACUACAUUUGCUUCAGACCACGACCCUCUGCUGCUGUCUCCUCUUCGACCUUUAUCUGGGACUGCAGCACCAUUCCUAGGGACGCCGACUGCUCACUCCCCAUGGAACACCAUCCAACCACAGUCAAUCGAUGAACCGCACAUGCACACAGACGGAACCCAGCCAACCAUUACCCCUGGAACUGCUUGCACCAACACCCGAACUGCGAGCUCCAGACUCUCCUGGGUGAAACCACAGACAGCAGUUGUCGCAAGCGACUACCCGUUGGCUGGUGAUGAACCUAGCCACUUCAAUGUCAGCAACGAGGAAGACUAUGACUUCGUUGCUGCAGCUGAAGCAGCUGGGGAUAUACCACUGGAAAUCCAAGGUAACGAAUGUUCCACGAGUGAGCGUGAGAGCACGGCAGCGAGUGUAUCGCUCCUUACUGCUAGCACAGGCGGUACAUCAACAGUAACGACGUCCGAGUGGCUAUUGAACCUUUAUCAGCUUUUGCUGGAUAUGGGUCCACAAGAACGUCAUCUCACUGAUGUGGUUUGUCCUCAGGUUGCACGAUCGAGAAUAUUGCUGUGCAACUUAGGAUUCGCAGACGGCCAUAGGAGAAUCCAUGAUUAUGCCGAUAGGUUAGGCGAUAUGACCGACUGGACAGUGUGGCCAGUUCCAAUGGCACCCAGAGUACGAAGCAUGUUCAUCACACGUACUGUUGCUAACUGGUUUAAGUGUGAUUAUUGCCGUCGCCAUGCAACCAUAUGUUACUUCACAAAUCCUGAUACACUUCCUCCGAAGUGCCGUCAAUGCGUGCUGGCCAACGUCCCUUGCUCUAACGCUUCAGUUUCUUCCGGAGUCACAUCUCAAUUCCCUAUCACUACCAAUCGUGGUGUACUAGCUACGACUCUCCGCUACGUCGCUGGCCAGCUCGAGACUGCUACUCCGGAUAAAGCUCUUCAAGACUUGACUGUUGAUAUGCUCUAUUCUGUUUGGUCGCUUCCCAUGUAG